GGCGGGCGGGCGGGCUGGAAAUAAUUGCGGCCCCCCCGCCGCCGAGACCCCCCGUCUGCACCCCGCCGGCGCUGGGGAUGCGCCCGGGGGGGCCGCGGCGAUUUUUUUUAUUAUUUAUUUUUGAACUUGAUGUAGUUUAUCAACAAGUGCGGAGUGGGUGCUACCCUAAUUGUAACGGAGGAGUCGGGAGAUGUGAGAAACGUGCCCUGCGUUACUUAUUUGGGAGCUGAAAAUUUAUGCCUAGUUGAAAACGCCUGGGGAAAUAUUACAUCAGACCAAAUGACAAUGAUUAAAAUCAGCUUUUUCCCCCCCUUCCCCCUUUUCCUCCUUCUUCUUUUCAGUAAGCCCGCGGAAGGACGUGACAGCGGCCCGAGCCUCCCCGGCACCGACCCGUUACCGCCGGCGGGGCCGGGCCGGGCCGCGCAGCUCCGCGGGCGGCGUAGGGCUCCGCGGGCUGCGGUGCGGCGCCUCCCGGCCCCAUUCAUUUCCAGGGAUCGUGUUUUGUUUUACGGGGGGUGGGGGUGUGAAAUAAAUCUGGGGACCUUCACUAAAAGCAGGGGAAAAUAUCCAAUUUUCAUCGCAAAAUUAGCUAGGGCGAGAGCAAAGGGCUGAGCUAAUUGUAGCCUAAUCCUCUGCCCUGCAGGCGUUUGCAAAGCCUUGAGCAAGAAUUCGCUUUUUUUCCUCCUCUUCUCCCUUCCCUCUGUUAUUUAGAGACGGGAUUAUUGCCUUUCUUCUCAUAACAGCCUCGGCAGUUUCAUUUAAAGGCUUUUUUCCCCCUCACACACACACACAUCCGCGCACACACAACAUAAAUAGAAAGAAGCGGCAAAAACAGAGAGGGGGAGAGCGAGCGAGCGAGGAGAGAGAAGCCUUAAAAAUAAUAAUAAUCACAGCAGGAUCUGAGGAGCAAAGAUAGUAAUAAAGGCAAAAAAACUGAGCCCAUCCACACACAAACCCAGCAGAGCCCAAAGCCGAGGGGGGCUCGCGGCUCAUCCUGUGCUCAAGGCUCGCUUCUCAGCGUAACCAAUUGUCUCCGAGUGGCUCUGGAGGCAGACCCGAGCGGUCGCCGUGCGUGUUUAUGGAGACAAAGGAGGGAAGAAGCAUGUCCCGUCUGUCUCUAACACGGUCCCCAGUUUCUCCUCUGGCUGCUCAAGGAAUUCCUCUCCCAGCUCAGCUCACCAAGUCGAACGCUCCUGUGCACAUCGAUGUAGGAGGACACAUGUACACCAGCAGCCUGGCUACCCUGACCAAGUACCCAGACUCCAGAAUAAGUCGUCUGUUUAAUGGCACAGAGCCUAUUGUCUUGGACAGUUUAAAACAACAUUAUUUCAUUGAUCGAGAUGGUGAGAUUUUCAGAUAUAUAUUAAGCUUCCUAAGGACAUCUAAGCUACUGCUCCCAGAAGAUUUUAAGGACUUUAAUCUUUUAUAUGAAGAAGCAAAGUAUUACCAGCUGCAGCCAAUGAUUAAGGAACUUGAGCGAUGGAAACAAGAGAAAGAACAAAGGAAACAUUUCCAGCCUUGUGACUGCUUGGUUGUAAGAGUGACUCCAGAUCUGGGGGAAAGAAUUGCAUUGAGUGGGGAGAAAGCUUUGAUAGAAGAGAUCUUCCCUGAGACGGGGGACGUCAUGUGCAACUCCGUAAACGCAGGCUGGAACCAAGACCCUACCCACGUUAUUAGGUUUCCUUUGAACGGAUACUGCCGGUUGAAUUCAGUGCAGGUGCUUGAAAGGUUAUUUCAGAAGGGAUUUAAUAUGGCAGCCUCCUGUGGUGGUGGGGUGGAUUCCUCUCAGUUCAGCGAAUACGUGCUGUGUCGUGAAGACAGACGACCGCAACCCACCCCAACGAUCAGAAUAAAACAGGAGCCCCUGGACUAGACCCUACCUGUACUCCUCUGUAACCAUAGAAGUGUUUAAUAGUCCCUUAUGUGAAACACUAAGGAUUUGCAAAACAGUAUUAGCAAACAGAUUUUGACUUUAUGUUGCCAAUUAGUGGUAUUCUGAAACUACCUGUCAUGUAGCCAGCCAUGAGAUGCAUUUGAAAAAUCAGUUGUCUGCUCUCCACGAUGAAAUUACUGAGCAUGCUCAGCAUACCAGGCCCGGUGGGAACGUCCUUUGAGCUGAACAGCUGUGUGGUGCAAAAGGCAAAGCUUCGUACAACCCCGACCCCAGAACAGACUUCUGCAGAACGAGCAAUUAAAGCAAUUUGAAUCUAUCAGCAGGAGAAGUGAUUCCGACAGCCUUCCCAACGACACCGCAGACGUGACGUGCAGAAGUGCGGCCUCCGAGAGGAAGAUGGUACAUCACUAACUGCACUGAGAACCCCCCUGGCUGCCAUACCUCCUCAUAUCAGAUGUGCUUUACACCUCCGUACCGUUACAUUACACUUCUGUGAUUGUACUCAUUCAUGCUAGCAAAUGGCUUAUUUUUAUACAACAUUUCCAACUGAAAUAUCUUUCUGUGGACAGAAUCUAGAAUCAGAAAAGGACCGAUUUAUAGUCAACUGGUGCUCAGUACUGAAAAACAAGCAAACAGACCAAACAAAAAAAAAGCAACAAAAAAUUGAGAAGGCCAAUUAUGGCAAUACAUGCAAAAGUAGGGAUUUGGAAGCACAACAUAAAACUCCGUCAAACAAGGGCCACACACCUACGGUGGAGCUGUAGCUCUCAAAGCCAGUCACGUUUUGACUCAGAAACUAAGUUUUGCAUCACAGGAGAAUCAUGGCUCUGCUGCCUCUUGUUGUUCAUUUAUGAACCAUGUUUAUGGGGACAACCAACUCUUUAUGGGUCUGGAAUUUUCGCAAAGAGAUGUUAAAACCCUCUACCUUCCACUGUCCAAUGAAAGCAGGCCAUGGUUUGUUUAGAUUGUUUUUCCUCUAUAUUUUAAACUAUUAUUAAAAUGCCAAUUGUGUAUCUGCCCUC